AUGUCGGCAUCUCACCUUGAUCCGGAGGCUCCGGUGAUUACCAAUGCAAAGAAGGUAGCAGAUUCCAUUCUUGCUACUGACACUAGUAUUGGUGCUGUUACUACCGACCAGUCUUCAGCCACGGUGGGCCCCAGUCUCAAUGCUUCCCUUGUCAAACUUAAACUGUUGGACUGUAUAAGAAACGACGACUCGGAAAAGCUCUCACUCUUACUUGAGGACAUAUCUGAUAGUAAGGAUAAACAGCUUCGCAGACUUCGCAAAGAGCUUCUUCACUAUGCUGUUCAAGUGGGCCCUCUUUCCAUCAUCAGACGCAUAGUGGACUCUAAACUGGUUCACAGUGUCAAUUACCAGGACAAAGAUGGUAAUACUCCUCUUCAUCUGGCUGUCAUGUCUGCACGUAAUGAUGUCAUCGACUAUCUCAUGUCCCUAUCCUCCAUCAAUGAUACUAUUCUAAAUGAAGAGCUAAAGCAGCCCAUCGAAUGUACUUCCAGUAUGGAGAUUGUUCAGCUUAUGAGCGAUUUGCGAACUCGUUAUGUCGAGAAGGAAGCUGCAAGACUCCGUCGCGGAUUUCAGUCACGUGACUUUUCUUUACUAGAGUCUGUUCUCUCUGUUGCUCGAGCAAGAGAGUUGCUGGACAUAAAUGGUACGGAUCCAGUCACUGGUGACACGGUUCUUUUGGAAUUUAUUAAGAAGGAUGAUGUUGACCUGGUGAAGUUUAUAUUGAAGCAUGGGGGAGAUCCAUUCAAGCGUAGUGUCAGCGGCCGUUUACCUGUCGAUUGUACCACUUCUUCUUCCAUGCGAAGAGUCAUAAAGACUGCAUGCAAUGAUCAAAGUGUAAUAGAUUCGAAUUCUGAUCAUCCUGCCGUGGGUCCACCUACUUUCAAGGGAUUUCUUAAGAAAUGGACCAAUUUUGCAGGUGGCUAUAAGCUUCGAUGGUUCGUUCUAGCCGCAGAUGGCACUCUCUCCUACUAUAAGUCUCCUAAUGAGAUGGAUAAUGCUUGCCGUGGUAUGAUCCAUCUUGCUAAAGCUCAAGUACGUAUGGAUAGCUCAGAGAAGUGUAAGUUUGAACUUAUCAUUGCCAAUCUAACAGGGGGCUCUGUUAAAUGGCAUCUCAAAGCAAACCACCAAAUAGAGAGUAAUCGAUGGGUUUGGAAUUUGCAGAAUGCGAUUAAAUAUGCACGCGAUGAGCAAAAGGCUUCCCGUAAAGUUAACCAGGUGGCAUAUCGCAAGCAGAAAAACGGUAAACUAACUUCUGUCCAGGAAGCCAGGAAGCCGCAGUCUUCUCAUCACAACGCUUUUUCGUCUACCGAUGAUUCUACCGUCGCCCAUGGUGGUCUCAAGCGUAGCUCUUCCGAAAGCAGAAUCAGUGCUCUUGCUUCUAACCCGAUUACCAGAUCCACUACUUCAAUUGCAUAUGGUGAACAUCGGACCCAGCCAGCGCAGCCGCAGGAAGAGCCGCAAAGUUUACACUCUCGCUCUUUAUCUCGUGAUAGUGCCUCUUCUUCGACUUCCUCGCAUAAUUCUGUCGCCAGCACUGUGGCCAGAGGUGCUAAGAACCUCUACAAGAAGCCUAUACAUAAGUUUAACAAACUUGCACACAGAUCACGGGAUCAAUUGCCACAGUCGUCUAUACAAUCAGAAGACUCUUAUUAUCUCAACAGUGAAGAUAGCACUGUGGGUACAACCAGCAGAGAGGAUGAAGAGGAUGAUGACGAUGACGAUGACGAUGACGACGACGGGGAUGAUGUGUAUAUGGAAAUGAUUCUUGGUAAGCGUAGACCUGACAACUCAAAGCUUACUAUCAUUCGAAAUCAGAUCCGGAUGGAGUUGAAGUCUUUCUCUGAGUUCCUUGACCAUUUCAAGACUGAUAGCAAUAUUAGUAACGAAGAUGUUGUCACUGUUUCCUCCAGAAUUCUCAAGAAUUUGUCUCAGCUGUAUGAAAAAGAAGAAGAUGUCAUUCAGGAGAAGGAAUUCCGUUUGGAAAAGCUGUUCGAUAGACAAACAGAGAUAUCUAAUAUCUGGGAAUCUUCUAUCCGCCAAUUGGAACUUGAGAUUCAGGACAGGGAGAGUAAGAUUUGCGAUCUUGAGGAUACUAUUAGAUUGGUUCGUAGGUCUCUUCGGGCCAGUGUGAUUAUUCCUGCAGUUUCAUCUCCGGACAUUGUUGCAACCGAGCCUUCAUCUCUCUCACAGAAAGAAGCGGUGACAACGAAAAGGGACAGAUCUUCGAUAUCUUCUUAUAGAGAAGAUCCUCAAUUGGCCAAGUUUCUUGAACAAGAGGAUGAGAGUGAGGACGAGUUUUUUGACGCUGCAGAAGAGGAAGAGGAAGAAAAGGAGUCGAAACAUGUCGAAGAAGAAAUUUUGGGGACCCCUGAGAAGGAAGAAGCCAAACAGUUGGGGAACAUAAUCGCAGAGAAGGAGCGUCGGAAAUCCGAAGAGGCAGCUGAAAAAUCAACCCAGGAGGUUUCUUCUCAAGAAGCUACUUCGGAUAAUGAAGAAGAGAUCGAGGAAAUCGUACGUAAGGUGAAACCAACUUCUGGACCUUUUCAGCCUAUUCUUGUUGACGGUAGGUUCUUCGUGGACAACUACCCAAUUGAGAGUGAGGCUCAAAAGGCCAGGUAUGUGAAGAUACUGGACGAUGCCACCUUUAAAGGAUACGAGGAUCCUAUCAGGACAACUCUUGCCAGGGAGGAUAACAGACCGAAGAUUUCUCUUUGGAGUGUGCUCAAGUCAUUGAUUGGUAAGGAUAUGACAAAGAUGACUCUUCCGGUUGCAUUCAAUGAGCCUACUUCAUUAUUGCAGCGUAACAUUGAGAUUAUGGAGUACUCUGAUCUACUUGAUAAGGCUGCCAGUAUUGAAUUCUCCCCAUUAAGAAUGGUUUAUGUGGCAGGCUUCGCUGCUUCUGAGUAUGCUUCUACUGUUGGAAGAAUUGCUAAGCCGUUCAAUCCAUUGUUGGGAGAGACUUACGAGUACGCUCGACCUGAUAAGGGAUAUCGUGUCUUUUGUGAGCAAGUGAGUCACCAUCCGCCUAUUUCUGCGGUGGUUUCAGAGUCACCCUAUUGGGCAUACUACGGUGAAUCCAAUGUGAAGACAAAGUUUUAUGGAAGAUCGUUUGACAUUAGGCAUUUGGGUACGUGGUUCUGUGAACUUUAUCCGAGUACCCUGCCUAUAGACAAGAGGACUGGCAAGCAAACUGCUAUGGAAUUGUAUUCUUGGAAAAAGGUGAACAAUUCUGUCGUCGGCAUAAUUAUCGGACGUCCUACUAUUGACAACUACGGUGAAAUGGAGAUUAAAAAUCAUAUGACCGGUGAUUAUAUGCAUUUACACUUCAAAGAACGGGGAUGGAGAUCAUCAAAUGCCUAUGAGGUAAAGGGUGAGGUGUAUUCCGCAGAUAAAACGCUCCAGUAUCAGAUUGCUGGACAUUGGAACACUAAGAUCUAUGCCAAGUCGGCGACCGACCCUUCAUUGCAGAAAUUUGUUGUCUUUUCAGCCAAGAAGCGUCAGGAUAUGUUGUUUCAUCUUACCAAUUUUGCCGCUGGUUUGAACGCCCCACAGCCGCAUUUGUUGCCUGUUGUUGCGUGUACGGAUACACGUUUGCGUCCUGAUCAACGUGCCAUGGAGAACGCAGAGUAUGAUUUGGCUUCGGAAGAGAAAAACAGAGUUGAAGAGAAACAGAGAGCCCACAAAAAAGAGAUGGAAGAGAAAAAUAUAGUAUACAAGCCAUCAUUUUUUGUCAAGGAUAAACAUCCUGUGACGGGAGAGGAUUACUGGAGAUUUACAGGUACCUACUGGAAGGAUAGAAAGGAUGGUAAGUUGAAGGACUACAAGGAUAUAUUCUAA